AUGUCUACUAUCAGUACGUAUGGGUGGGACAUGGUCUUUGCGACCACCUACGCAAACAUCGACGCCCAGAUUGCAGCACAAUGUGGUCCCUCUCAUGAAAAUUACCUCUUUUCUUUAUCACCCAGCAUCUACGCCGACUUGCAGUUUGGGACUUGGCAGUUCGCACAGGGGGGCAAUGGCCAGACCAUCAACCUGAAGAUUCCAAUCACAACUGGCGUAUUUCACGGCGCUUCUGGUGUUCAUAACCUCGGUGGACAAAGCAUCAUCAUAGGUGUCUCUUUGAAAUGGGUUGCAGAGCCAGGUCCGAUUCAAUUCUCCAUAAGCAACAACAUCUUCAUGCUUCAAAGCGAGCUCAACGUCAGCCCCACGGCGACAAACGAUGUCAUACAGGCGUUUGCGGCUAACAAUGUGACAUUAUCACCCUCCGCAACUGUAAUGGUUGUCAUUGAUCAGUUUUCCUGGAAGAUCACAGACCUACCGCAGGGCAGGUCGUUCUAUGUCUACUCCAACACCUCGAAUACGCUGCUUCAGGUCCAACAGUACGCUAUUAACAAACUAGUGGUCAACACACAAAGCGUUACCAACCCAGUGACCGUCAUCUCAGCGGGCAGCAUCUCAGACACUACCGAUGCGUCUAAUUUCAAGGAAUUGGUCAACAAUAGCAUCAAUAUGAUCGUCAGCUCGUACCAAUUUGCGUUUGCUACCGUCUAUUCUCUACCUCAGUCGGUACAACCAGCCACGUUGACUUGGCUUCAGCCAACCAGUAGUGAAUAUGCGGUUGUGGAGCCGGUGGAUCCAGCACCCGAUAACUGCGUAUUUGCCAUCUUGUCUAUGGUGAAUAACAACGUCAAUACGAAUCCGGUAUUUCAGGUGGAUACCAGCAUUAUUCCACCAACUUGCACCAGCGGUCUGCUCAUAUCCCCGACCAUGUUUCUGAAUAAUUUGCUUGCGCCUAGCAUGUAUAAGCUCUUUAUCCAAAGCAACCAGAGCGACUUCACCGUUGAUGAGAGUACUUUAUCUAUCAAUAACACAGCCACCAUCGCUUGGGCUAAUAUCCGGAUGGAUAGUACCCAGGGUAUGGUCCUUGGUGUUAACGCGGGAGACUUUUCAAUGUCCGUGGAAAAUGACCGUAUAACAAUGUCAAUCUCGAACCAGAACUAUCCCAUAAACAUGGAUCCGCCCACAGUUGUGCAAACUGAUUUCAACUUCACUGGCCAGUUUCAGCUCUUGCUGGAACAGGGCAAAGGCAGCAAGAAGGUGCUUUGGUUUGGUGUUCCAGCGGAUCAGCCGGGCACCACUGAUGUUAGCGUGGCCAUGAACCAAAGCAAUCACGGGAAAGACAACAUGAUUUUCGGUCUUAUCAACGGCUUGUUCUGGAUCAAUAUCGAUCCUGAUGACUGCGAUUCAUUAGCCCACAAAGCGGAAAAGGCGAAAACCACCAACACUGGCAUGGUAAAGGCCGAUGCUACUGCAGCUGGGAUUCAAAGUGUCUUACAGGGUUAUCUUUCUGAUCCGCACAGUCAAGUAAAGUUUGUCGAACAAGCGAGUUCGGCGGCUGUCAAGAUGUUUUUUGGUGCUCCGGUUGACAUAGGAGAGGCUAGAAUAUGGGCAUCCGUCGCCAAGUUUUGCGCAAAUUUAUUACUUUUGACAUCCCCUCUUGGUGGAGGACAAGAAUAUGUUCUAUCUGCGCUACAAGCUGCAGCAAAGAGUGGGUGGGAAGACUUCCCGCCAUUCAACAACUUUGCUAAUACGGCUACUUCUGGAUUCUCAUUUGGCGGGUUAAGCGAGUUCAAGCUUGAAGUCGUGAAUCUAGCAGCAUCAUUCCAAAUAGGGUUCACUUCAGCUUAG